AUGAGAAUCGAUUUCUCUGAGCCAGAGUGCAGCACCUGUUUCCAUAACCGUACUUCAGGCGUUGUCAAUCCUCCAGUCCCCGAACCACCGGUCACUUCAACGCCGGUUAGCUCCGAACCAGCACAAGCUCUUGGACAUGAUUCUGCUUCUGCUUCUGAUGUUGCUUCAACCUCAUCAUCGUCUCCGGCUCAAGCUCAAGCCUUUGGACAUGAUUCUGCUGCUGCUGCUGUUGCUUCAACCUCAACAUCAUCAUCAUCUCCGGCUCAUAGUUCUUCACCGAACGGAUCCUUCAGAUUCCCAUUCCCUCCUGAUAGCUCUGCACCAACGCAAGCUCAUGGCUUGACCACUUCCGGUUCAAUGCAAGCUCCUGAUUCAUCUGCUGUACCUAAACCAUCCAUAUUCGGAUCAAUGCAAGCUCCUGAUUCAUCUGCUGCUCCUAAACCAUCCAUAUUCGGAUCAAUGCAAGCUACUGGUGCAUUAUUCGGUGGUCCUAAACCAUCUGCGUCUGGUUUUAGUUUUGGUGGUGCAUCUGACACUGCCACUUCACCUCCACCUGUCGGUUUUUCAUUCAAUAGAACUCAUCCGGUUAACUCUGCAUCAACGCAACCUUUUGGUUCCAUCACACCACCACCUAGUCUCUGGUCAGCGCAAGCUCCUCCUUUUGGCACUAGUGGAUUUGCUGCUCCCACACCGUCUCCAUUUGGAAGUUCAAAGCAAGCUCCUUGUUUUGGUUUUGGCUCUAGUGGAUUUGCUGCUCCCACACCGUCUCCAUUUGGAAAUGCUUCUAGUGGAUUUGCUGCUCCCACACCGUCUCAAUUUGGAAGUGCUCCUUCUUUUGGCUCUAGUGGAUUUCCUGCUCCCACACCGUCUCCAUUUGGAAGUUCAAAGCAAGCUCCUGCGUUUGGUUUUGGUUCUGGUGUUGCAUCUGCCACUUCCACAUCCUCAACUUCCGGUUUUUCACCAGCCAGAUCAACGUUUAGCUUUCCUCUACUGCCUAGGAACGGUGUUGAUGUAACCAGUACUACAGGUCAUUCUGGUCCACACACAUCACCUUUUAGCUUCUCAAUGCAAGCUCCUGUCCAAGCUAGUGAACCUAGCCCUUCAAAAUACUUUAGCUUCGGACCAGCGCAAGAUCUUGGCAAGACUGCUCCUCCUCCUCCUCCUUCACUGUUUAGGAACAAUGUUGGUUGCUUUGCCAGACCUGAUGUUGCUACCUCGCCAGCAGGAAACACAUCAUUUAGGACAGUAGUUUUUGGUACAACUCCAGUGAGUGUUUCUUCAUCGGUUGGUCCCAAGACUGGUUUUGUUGUCACUCCAAGCACUAUCCCAAAGAAGCAUCCAUUCAGCAGUCUCUUUCCCGGAUUUGGUGAUGAUUACUUGCCCUGUUUUGGUCCAGUUACUACUGGUGUUAACCCAUCAUCUUCCCAACCUUCUGGUUUCAAUGCCUUUAGUAGCAAUCACAAGACUGGUACUCAUCGAUGGGAUGUCCGUGAACGAGGUACUGGGAAUCCUCGUUAUGCACCUACACCAUGUACUGAUCCAGGAGGCAACAUGAUUUCCAUAUCUGCUUCCUUCUCUUACCAAGAUAAAAGCCAUGAAGAGCUGAGGUGGGAAGAUUACAAGAAAGGAGUCAAAGGUGGUUCGUUUCCUGCUGCUGUUUCUUCCCCAGCAUCUGGAUGCACAGCGUGUGGAGCCACGAGUAGCUCCUCUGCUUCUGGUAACUUCGGCAUUAAUGUUUUCGCAACUCCUCCAUCAGCUACUCAUGGUGCUUGUCCUACGAUGAAUGGUACAACAACAACAACAACUCCAGGAUUUCAAGCCUAUGCUAUGAUGAUGCCGAUGGUGUAUCCUAUGAUGAUGCAUCCAAUGAUGUAUUAUGGUACAAAUCUUGCUGCUCAAGGUACAAGAACAGCUCCACCACUUCAAGCCUAUCCUACGAUGUUCGGUGCAAAUCUUGCUGCUCAAGGUACAACUCCAGCGCCACUUCAAGCCUAUCCAACGAUGUUUGGUACAAAUGUUGCUGCUCAAGGUGCAAGAACAGCUCCAGGACUUCAAGCUUAUCUUGCUGCUCAAGGUACAACUCCCGCACCACUUCAAGCCUGUCCAACGAUGUUUGGUACAAAUGUUGCUGCUCAAGCUACUCCAGGAAUUCAAGCUUAUCUUGCUGCUCAAGGUACAACUCCAGCGCCACUUCAAGCCUAUCCAACGAUGUUUGGUACAAAUCUUGCUUCUCAAGGUACCACAACAGCUCCAGGACUUCAAGCCUACCCUAUGAUGUUUGGUACAAAUGCUGCUGCUCAAGGUACCACAACUGCUCCAGGACUUCAAGCCUAUCCUACAAUGUUUGGUGCAAAUCCUGCUGUCCAAGUUACAACUCCAUCAGCUCAAUCCUACCCUAUCCAUGGUUUGAUUCUUCUCCCAUUCGCCGCCAUGAAUCUGCAGUAG